GAGGAUUGUCCUCCGCCGCCCCCGGCUCUGGACCUUCGGGGCCGGUCCCCGGCGCCCCGCGGGCAGCCUGGCCCCACUCGCUUCCCCGGAAGAACCGCAGCGUGGGGCGGCCCCGGGGCUGGGCUGUGCCCCGGUGGGGGGGGGGGUGUCCCGGGACCUCCCCCCGCCGUUUGCAGGGCAGCGGUUCCACGAGGUGAUUAAAUCCUCCCGGGACAGCCCUCCCCACGACCGUCCCUUAGGCUUUGCUGCCGUGGACACACGGCCGUGUGGAGGCCACGGCAGGUGGGGUGCGAACGAGAUUACCCACCCCCCCCCCCCCAAAAAAAGCCAUUCCCGCUUAUCCGCCGCCUUCGCCAUCUCCUCCUGCGUCGAGGAAAAAGCUGGAAAACGGUGUCCGCCGGUGCCGAGGCCUCCUCGCCGAGGUCAGUGUCUGGUUACCUCCAGGCCUCUUCUCCUCCCAGCCCCGGAUUCCGGCGUAUUUUUGGCCGCCGUCAAACGAGAGAGGCCCUGCCCGUUGUUCGGAGUCCCGCCAGAGGAACCGGCGUCGGUAGCUGCCGGCGAAAGCGCCAGCGGCCAAGAGCCGCUGGCCGGCCCCCCUCCGCAGAGGAAACCCUCGGAGGAAGCGGGGCAGCCAAAAUUAGCUGCCAAGCAGCCCACGGCUGUGAGCCCCGGGGCGGUGCCGGCACCCAGGAAUGCGCUCCGGGUUGCCGGGCGAGCUGGUUCGGCAGCGUGUUUGGCGUUUUGUCUUCCCGACCGUGGUUUCGAAGCAACGCCCGGAGAAGCGGACGACGCGUGGCCGCCUGCUCCUCUCCAGCCGGGACGUCAUCUGGAGCGGGCUCCCCUGUGGUUUGCCUGCCUCGCACGCUCUGGUGUCGGUUGCGCCCCGUGCCUCGGUUUCCCCGUCUACGAGGAACGAAGCGUUCACCCUUUGUAAUCCUGCGGGCGUUACUCGGCCGGUCUGCGGGGAGAGAAGGCACCGGGGGUUUGACCGCUGGCGCUGGGCCAGGCGCAUCGCUCUGGGUGAUAAACCCCAUCCCUGCCCGCUGGGCUCGCGGCUCCGCGCUGUAGGAGCGGGGUGAUCUCUCCUGCCUGGGGCGUUGCGGCCCAUCCCGGCCGCGCGCAGCGUUUUGGGGACGCUUUGGGUGUCCCAUCUGUUGUCCUUGUCCCUGGGGUUCAGCGGUUCCCCCGGCUGGAGCUCCUGGUGCUGGAGGCGAGUGGCUGCUCCUGGGGGUGCUGACAGCGUGGUGGCUGCGCUCACUGGGGACCGAGCCUUCCUCCCGUGCCCCACAGAUGCACUGGGGCACAAUCCUGCCCUCCUUCAGCGCUUUUAUCCGCUCCCCAUCUGUCCAAGAGUGGAUAAACAGAAGCGUGUGGCCUCCAUCCGUGGCUGGCAGAACUGGGGUCCCUAUAGCCAGAAGGGUUUUGGGGAAACAGAGGGAAGCCAAGCAGGGUGUCGCAGCACCCACAGCGGGUCUGGGGGCACUGGGAAGGGCUGAGCUGUGGGGCUGUUGCCCACAGUGUGGGUGUGGAGGAGUUCCUUCCCUCCGUAGGGCAUCUCACCACCUCCCGGCCUGGGGUGCCCCCACCUCAUCCUCCCCGCCUCGGCCAUCUGAAAUGCCUCCGGUCCUCGCUCCGUACCCGCUGCCAAGCAGCCAUCAGCUGGUAACAGCUUCCAGUCUGGGCUGGCCGGGUUCCAGCAGGCCCACGGCCAGCUCCUGUAUCCAGCAUCCAGUGCUCCCGAGCUUCCCACGCCUUGGAGAGCCCCAGCUCCUCCGGCAGCCCGGGCUACCCGGCUCGGGGCCAGCGCUCUCUCCAUCCCCGUGCCGGGCUGUGCUGCCGGCCGCGGAGCUGCUGGCCGUGCCCAGCCCGUGCUGGGGAGGGUGGGUUGGCCGCACCGAGCAAAGCGGAUCCCUUCGGAGCAGGUUCGCUCUCCGAAACAAUCGCGCUCGGCCCCGUCUGACCCGCUGCGGUGGGUGGGACCCGGCAGGGAAGGGCUGGGCAGGGAGCGGGGCAGCGCUGCCAGCUGGAUGCGGCCCUGGGCUCUCCGUGCAGCAGCUUUCCGGCUCCUGACACGGAGAAGUCUGGGAGGAGGCAGGGUCUGUGUGUCCUGUAGCAGGGCUGGGUGCUCUGCACCUCCCUGGAGGAUGCUCGGCGCCCAGGCCGCUGUCCUCGGGUCCUCGGAAAGGAUCAGGCCGCUCCUGGGAUCGGCGUGGCCGUGGGGCAGCGUGGAGCCGAGCCCAGGAAGAGAUCCGAGUCUGCUGAAGUUGGCCCUUCUUCACUGACAGCUUGAAGGAACUUCUGUUCUCCCUGGGAUGUCCUGUGCCCAGGGCCUGGCCAAGCUGUCUGUCACCCCGUCCCCUUGCCGAUGAAAGGCAGAGGGUGCCCAGGGCGGGUUGGGGGCCGCGGUGCCGGUUUCCCCCUCGCCGGCUUUGGUGUCGCAGCAGCAUCCCUGCCUGCCUCGGCAGGGUUAAAUCGGAUUCCCCGGCUAGGCUGAGCCGUUGCUGGAAAACGCUCCCCUCCCUCCUGGGGGACCCUCGGCCGGGCUCGACGCCGGGCCUGGAGCAGCGCCAGGCUUUUGGGGUGCGAGCAUGACUGGGGCUGCGCAAAUGACACGAUGCUUAUGGCCCCGGCUUUCUCCGUCUGCAGCCAGCCCCCGCAGGGGGGGAUCGGACCUUGCUCAGCUCAGCUAAUGGCUCUGGCUGCUCUCCCCGGGUUCCUCGCCUUCCUGGUGUGCCCUUCUUUCUGGGCACAGGUCCCCAGGGAUGCUCAGGCUGGAGGAGGUGCCCUUGGAGGUGCUACGGCAGCGGGAAUCCAAGUGGCUGGAUAUGCUCAACAACUGGGACAAGUGGAUGGCCAAAAAACACAAGAAGAUCCGGCUGCGGUGCCAGAAGGGGAUCCCACCCUCGCUGCGGGGCCGUGCCUGGCAGUACCUCUCUGGGAGCAAGGUCAAGUUGGAGCAGAACAUCGGCAAGUUUGACGAACUCGAUCUCCUCCCGGGGGACCCGAAGUGGCUGGAUGUGAUUGAGCGGGAUCUCCAUCGGCAGUUCCCCUUCCACGAGAUGUUCGUCUCGCGCGGAGGCCAUGGGCAGCAGGACCUGUUUCGGGUGCUGAAGGCAUACACGCUGUACCGCCCAGAGGAGGGCUACUGCCAAGCUCAGGCCCCCAUCGCCGCCGUCCUGCUCAUGCACAUGCCGGCCGAGCAAGCUUUUUGGUGCCUGGUGCAGAUCUGCGAGAAGUACCUGCCCGGUUAUUACAGCGAGAAGCUGGAGGCCAUUCAGCUGGACGGGCAGAUCCUCUUCUCGCUGCUGCACAAGGUCUCGCCUGUGGCCUACAAGCACCUGAGCAAGCAGAAGAUCGAUCCCAUCCUCUACAUGACGGAGUGGUUCAUGUGCGCCUUCUCCCGCACGCUGCCCUGGAGCUCUGUCCUGCGCGUCUGGGACAUGUUCUUCUGUGAAGGCGUGAAGAUCAUCUUCCGCGUGGGCCUCGUGCUGCUCAAACACACCCUGGGCUCCUCGGACAAGCUCAAGUCCUGCCAGGGCCAGUACGAGACCAUGGAGAGGCUGAGGGCCCUCAGCCCCAAGAUCAUGCAGGAGACCUUCCUGGUGCAGGAGGUCAUCGAGCUACCGGUGACGGAGCGUCAGAUCGAGCGGGAGCACCUGAUCCAGCUGAAGAAGUGGCGGGAGACGCACGGGGAGCUGCAGUGCAAGUCCCCCCCGCGCCUGCACGGCGCCAAGGCCAUCAGUGAGGCCGAGCCCCCCACCCACAAGGCGCUGGAGCCCGUCCCCUCCAUCAUCGUCCCCCCCGGGCCCGCCCCCGUGCCCAAGGCCCGCAAGAGCAAGGAGAAGAACCGAGAAAAGGGUCCGGCCAGCCCCGCCAACGGCCCCGGGGCCGAGGGCAACGGGGCGCCCGGCUCGACCCGGGAGCUGCUGCACCCCCAGGUCUCCCCCCACCACCAGUCCAAGGAGAGCCUGAGCUCCCGGGAGAGCGAGGACACGUACUUGUAGGGCUGGCGCGGCGCUGGGUCCGUACCCCGGGCAGCCGGGCUCAGCUGGGCUGCGCACGGACCCGGGCUCAAGGACAUUGAUUUUUUGGGGGGGGGGGGGGGGGUGGUGUGGGGGUGUGCGGGGACCUGUAGCACCCAGCCUUGGGGGCUCUGGGCUGGAGGGAUGGGGACAAGCUGGCCGGCGUGGCUCCGCAGGGACACCGUGGUCCCCGUGUGCAGGGAUGCCUGCUCGGGGUGGGCUCGAAGCCGAGGCGGGGGGGGGGCAUCUGUGGGAGCUUGGCCAGGUGCGGUGACCAAAGGGUCCGCAUUCAGUCUGCGCCGGGCGCCCACCCCGGCGGGGUGCUGGCACCACGAGCGGUGGGAGCCCUGGCAGGGGGUGGCUGAGCCACCUGAGCUCCCUCCCCGCGGCUGGGGGGGGGGGGGGGCCGAGCUGCCCCUCGGCCCCUUGUCCCUGUCCCAGAGCCCCUCGACCCCCCCCAGGGUCCCUCCCAUAGCCCCCACCUGUCUGCCUGCCCUGUGCCGGCCGGGCAGACCCAGACCCAGUUCCCGAGCACUCGCGCCUGGCGCGGGGGGACUGGGGGUACGUGAGGAGUCGGGGGGGGACCCCUUGCCCCCCUCCUCUUUAUCUAGUGAGGAUAUAUCAAACUGUAGCCCUAUAUGUAGUACUGAAUUUACCUACUCACUGAGCCUAUUUAUUAUUCCUCCGUGGCAGUAACCGUGGCAGGACAGGGACCGAGGUUGGGAGCCGCAAGCGGGAUGCGCCGGAGGCGGCAGGAUUUGAUGCCAGACCACAACCAUGAGGCUAAAGGCCCCCCCACACACCCCGUCCCCGGGCUCCCCGUGGCUCGGGGAGGGGGGAGCGUUCACCCUGCCCCCUCCCCACCGCUGCCACCCACCCCGAGGCCCCGGCGGAGGUGAGAUGGGGUGGGUGAGCGGCCGGGUGCUCCCUGGUUGCGGGGUCCCCUCUCUCCCCCUCCCCUGCCCUCCCCGAGGGCCAGGGGCGGCUUUGUAAAAUAAAGCGGGGAAAAAUGGUUUUGUACAAAGGGGUAAAUAAAGCAGGAUUGUGUAAAGGC